GGAGACAUCCGACAGGAAGUGAUGCAAUCAUCUUAACUGAGGAUGCUUAUAUACAAAGGUUCUACAGCAAAUCCACACAUUGAGCUUUUACUGCCUCAAGUACCAGCAUCCAUUCGUGGCUCAGAAUAGACACUGGGUUCUCCUGUUUGCUUCUGAAAGACGAUUUACCUCCACCGUCUGAUUCUAAAGGACAAAAAAGUUCACGUGCAAGAACAAUGGAGAUUACCAUCAUAACAUUUUGUCUCAUUGGAGCAGUUUUUGCCAACCCAAUUUCAUACAAUUUCCUUUUGGAAUCAAGCGAUCUUGACGCAAACUCGACUGAAAGUUUGUCUAUUUCCCAAUCAUCUGAAAAUAGCACCUCAGAGAUUCAGAGCUCUGAAGAAAACUCCUCAAAUCAAAGUUCAGAAUCGUCAGAAUCGCUAGAAUCUACAUCCGAGGACAAGACUUCUGAGGAGAGUAAGAGCCAGUCAGAUGAGGAUGAUGGGAUUAACUCUGUCGAUGAAACCAGAGACGACAGCAUGGGCAGUGAGGAGAACGUUCGGAAGAGCUGGGUUCAAGCCUUCGCAGGUGUCACCAACGACCUGAGCGCAGAGGACAACAGCAGCACCGAGGUCAAGGGUCAAACAGAGCAUCUGACGGACAAACAGUCCACUCACAAGAAAGCUUUCAAACAGAGGAUCAUCCUGCCUCUGGAGGAGAGCACCAGCGACAGCAGUGAUACCACCAGCGAGAGCGCGGAAAUCACGGUUGCUACCGCUGCCCCCAGUGACAGCAGCGAGAGCUCCAGCAGUGAAACGACUGGUGCUACCGCUGCCCCCAGUGACAGCAGCGAGAGCUCCAGCAGUGAAACGACUGGUGCUACCGCUGCGCCCAGUGACAGCAAAGACAGCACCAGCAGUGAGAGCAGUGAGAGCAGUGACACCAGCGACAGCAGUGACACCAGCAAGAGCACAGAGGACAGCGAUGCCAGUGACAGUGCAGAGGUGGAACACAUCACAACCAAGGACUGUGUGAAUGGCACUCAGAGCUGUGAAAGUGAAGAGUACGUUUUCCAGGAUAUAGGAGAUGAUGGCCACCAUGCUCUGGACAAUCUGAUGGUGCCAGAUGACGACGAGAGGGAGCUGAGUCUAAGGAGAUGAUCACAUGCUCUUUAUUACACUUUAGUUUUCCCACUAUGAACUAUAACACUAUUAGAACUCAGGACGAUGACACUUUGCUCCUGCCUGUCACCUCUGAAUAUUGAUUCUUGGUAUUACUGUAUGUGUGAUGAUGAUGAUGAUGUAUUAUUUAGCCUAGUAUUCACUUUGUUUUGAUAAUAAUAAACAUUUAAUAUGACCAUGGGUGUUGGGGACUUGCAUGUAUUUAAAUAAUUAGACAUGGUGAGUUACAGGAAGGGUCACUUUGCUCAAACACUAGCCUACUUGUACUUUACUUGAACAUUUUCCAGUGUAUAUGCAUCGACCUACUUCUUUACCUUUCUCAUUUACAUAUAUUUAAUGAAUACUUAGUUUGCAUACUAGAUUUUUAUAUACUUUUUAAAUAAGGUUAUACAUUGUGAUGGGCAUCUGAAAUGUGAUUUGCCAAUGGAAGUGUGGGCUGUGGUCCUCUGACGGGCUUUAGUUUAUAUUGCAAAUGGGUUUAAAAGUAUGAGCAAUAAAAUUUGUAAGAGCGGUC